GCGGGGAAGAGGCUGAUGGAGGCGGGCGGCAGGGCCUCGGCCGCGCAAUGGCUGCUCCUGGCCACCAGCUCGGCCCUCACCGCCCUCUGCUACUCCCUGUACCGCCGGCGAGCGACCGCCGUCCGAGGCCUACAGGAGGCACCAAAGUUCGCACUAGACCAGGAACUCAAGAUUAUUCUGCUCAACGCUCCUGGGAAAUGCCUUCCGUACGCAGUGGUGGAAGGUAUGGUUAAAUCCGUCAAAGAGACUCUCGACAGCCAGUUUGUGGAUAAUUGCAAAGGGGUGAUACAGCGACUGGUUUUACAAGAGCAUAAAAUGGUGUGGAAUCGAACCACUCACCUCUGGAACGACUGCGAAAAGGUCAUUCAUCAAAGGACUAACACCGUACCCUUCGACUUGGUGCCUCCCAACGGCAGCGCUGGGAUAGCAGUGAGGGUCAACAAGCCCUUGGAAGCCACAGAGCUGGACUUGGAGACGGUAUACGAGAAGUUCCAUCCCACGGUCCAGACCUUCACGGAUAUCAUCGGCCAUUACAUCAGCGGCGAGAGGCCGAAGGGCAUCAAGGAGACGGAGGAGAUGCUGAGGGAUAGGGAGCUAGUGACCGGUGUGGGGGAGCUGGUGUUGGAUAAUAACUUCAUUAAGCUCCAGCCCCCGAAGCCAGGGCUGCAGUUUUACCUGAGCCGAGUGGACUUUGAGUCGUUGAUUCGCAAGCAGGAGAACAAGGUCAAGCUGUGGAAAGCGCUGACGCUGUUGUUCGGCCUGGUCACCUGCGCCACCACCUUCUUCAUCCUCCGCAGGCGCUACAGGCGCUUCCGGAGCGAGCAGGAGCGCGGGCGGCUGCACCGGGAGAUGGCGGAGGCCAAGAGCCGGCGCAUGCGGGAGCUGGGCAAGGGCGAGGAGGCCGACGUCUCGCCCGCCGCCUGCAGCAUCUGCCUGGCGAGCGAGCGAUCCUGCGUCUUCCUGGAGUGCGGGCACGUCUGCUCGUGCCACGAGUGCUACCGGGCUUUGCCCUCCCCCAAAAAGUGCCCCAUUUGCAGAGACUUCAUCUCCCGAGUCGUGCCGUUGUACAACAGUUAAAACUCUUCGGGCAGUGGCGGUGGGGUUGGGACCUACCAGCGCGUGAUGGCCUACCUGCCCCGGCCCUUCGUUCACUUGGGGAGGUGGCAAGGCGGGGGGUGGUGGGGAAACGGGGAUUUAUUUCCUACAAUAAAGGUGCCGUAUAUAAACGCGGAUGCAGUGGGUGGCUAUAGUUUGCGGUGUUUCUCUAACCGAGUCAACGGGGUUCCUUAAUAAGGAAUCCAUUCAGAGACAUUGCGGAUUUAAUGACUGUUUUCAAUCUCUGAUCAGCAGUUGUGAUUAUUUUAUGCCAAAAAAAAUGAAGUAAUUGUUCUCAUC